UACCCGCCAGUCUCCCACCAGAAGAAGAUAUCUCCGACUUCGUUGUUUUGUACCCUCACUUUACUUACUAUUCUUCACAAAAACGGGGUUAAACGCGGAGUCCUAACAUUUUGCAUGACGUAGUUGUGCAUAAAGACAUUUUUGUUUGGUUUUAUAAACAGCGAUGUUCCAUGUGCGUGUCUUGCUAACCUGAAAGGCAACAUUUUGCGCCAUCGUCGUGUCUUGCUUUGUGCAGGACAGUGCUAGCCCUCCCUGUGUAUGAAUGCCUUCAUGGGAAUACUAUAGGUAAAGCCAGUAUUGACUUUGCUUGAGCACGAUGGCGACCCAGAGAGCGCUUCCUCAGAGUAAAGAAAGUCUGCUGCAGAACUACAACAAGAGGCUAAAAGAUGACAUCAGGUCCAUCCUGGACAACUUCACCGAAAUCAUCAAAACUGCCAAGAUAGAAGACGAGACACAGGUUUCCCGAGCAACUCAAGCAGAGCAAGACCAUUAUGAGAUGCACGUACGAGCAGCGAAUAUUGUUCGCGCGGGUGAGUCGUUGAUGAAGCUGGUGUCGGAUCUGAAGCAGUUCCUCAUCCUGAACGACUUCCCCUCGGUCAACGACGCCAUCAGCCUGCAGAACCAGCAGUUGCGCUCGCUGCAGGAAGAGUGCGACAAGAAGCUGACCUCCCUGCGCGAUGAGAUCGCCAUCGACCUGUACGAACUCGAGGAAGAAUAUUACUCCUCCAGGUACAAGUAGACUCGUUCUCGACACCCCCACCCACCACUGUCCUGCGCUCACCACUCUCCACUAAGCCCCAGAAGCAAUCAUCAUCUUCAUCAUCAUCAUCCAGUUGUAGCUAUGUGUGAGUGGUGGAUACACAUGAAACCAUAUAGUUGCCUUCCCUAAAAUAAUCUAGUGCCUUACAUUCUACUGCUGUUUCAAAUGAGUAUGGUUGACAUUUAAGAAGACAUUGAACAAAAUAUCAGAAGGGUUAAAGCAGUUCUUAAAUUAUGAGGGGGAAAAAAGCACAUUUAAAUAUUAUGAUUGCCGUAGAUUAGCUGUGUUUCACAACCCUUGAGCCAAGGCAGAUAUUUUAACUGGUAAAAGAGUAAGGAAUUGUACCGCCUGUCGUUGACAUAGAGAGAUGAACAAAAAUACAUUAUUUGUAGUAAAUAAAUUAUUUUUUUGAAAAUAAAAUAGGACAAAAUGUGAAAUUGGCUCAUUUGGCGCAGCACACCUCUCUCAAAGUAAUGUGCCAUAGGAUGGUUGGGAAUCUCUGGAUUAAGGCACCAGGAGAAUUUUUGAAAAGAAAAGAAGCGCUUUUUCUGAACAAAAGUAUAUAUAACAGCAGCACACUCGCUUGCCACUUUAUUAGGUGCAGUUUUGUCUUUUACAUGUUUUUUUUGGGGGGUGACUGUUGCUUUAAGGUGAAAUUCUAAAGUCACUGGUCGGAUAGACAUUUUUGUGUUGUGAAUGUAUUUCCCUCUAAAUAUUGGUUUCCAUCAUCGUGUGAUGUACUAAAACACGGUCAAUCUUACAUGGUUGAACAUGUGUGCUAGUUGUGCGCAAAGAUCAUAAUAAUGAUUAAGAAAUAAAGUAGAGAGGAAAACUGCAA